GGUGGCUUUAUUUUUUCUAAUUUAUUUUAUUUCUUUUUUUUGUGGUAUGGGCAUUUUGCCCACUGUUAUUAGACUGCAAUUAAUCACCCUCCGUAACUCCGUUACUCUUUAUUAUCUUUCUUUUUGUUGAUGCCUGCCUAAAAUGGGCAACCGCAGGCUAUGCUAGACAAACAAUACAUUAUUGGACACGUGAAUUGAGACAGGGUAUUUAUCGCAAGAGGGACCUAAACGAGCUCACCUUUGACUGGCGGUUUCAGAUCACUGGCAAUCUCUUUCCGGCGCCCGGCGAUAUCAAGCUGAUCACAACUCUGCAUCUUUUACCGGCGAAACGAUGGAAAACAAGGAGCAAGCAUUUGAACCUGUAUCUCCAAAUACAGAUAAAGAUGUUAAAAUUGAGCCGCUUUCAGGCAAUCCUUACUUUCACGUAACUCUAUGCAAAUCACACGUCAGCAGUCCAUAUCAAUUGACCGUUCCUGCAGAUUUUGUUCAAAUACUUCCCCGGAAAACAGCCCCAGUGACCCUCACUCGUGGCAAAAAGAGUUGGGAGACAACUUAUUUCGGAAGACAUCAAACACAUAAAAGAUUCGAUUUUAGCUUGUGGAAGGAAUUCGUAGUUGAUAACACGCUCAAGGUUGGAGAUGUCUGUAUUUUUGAACUCAUGGCACAAACUGAAUCAGUGUUGGAGUUCAAGGUUCAGAUUCUUCGAGGUGACUUUCCGUCUAUUUUACUAGAAAAAGAAGAGGGUACAAGCAAGAAGCCCAUAGUUGUUGACUAAAAAUUAGGAUCCAACUUUAUCGAAGAUCAAUCUGGCUGUUAUUUAGGUAAGUAUUAGAAGGCUUUAAUUAAGUGGAGUAUCUAGUCUAUUGAGGCAUGGCACAUUGCAUUGACACUCUGCAGCAUAGCAUAGUUUGCUAUGAGUCUACACCUCGAUCGGCACGCAUGUAGGUAUUGACCAAUGUGAUUCUACUAAUAUUGUACUCACUUCGUAGUAUAUUUGUUAUGUAUAUCGGAGUUAUGAUAAGAUUAUGGGUUUCCGAAUGAAGGAUAAUAGGAUAUAUAUAUAUAUAUAUAUAUAUAUGCUAUUAUUGGAGCUAGUUGAUAACUGAGCUCAAUGUUGAAUGUCUCUUGUAAAAUACUUGAUCAAAUUAAUGUUUGUUGUUGGUUAUUGGUUGCA